CUCUCUCCUCCUCCCCCUCUCCCCUCGCUCUCUCAUUCCUCCUCCUUUUCUCAGCCAGCCCCAGAUAAGAAGGGGGCAGAAGUAUUUCUCUUCGGCCACUUCUGAAACUGGAGCCAGCAGAAGAGGAAGGGGAAAAAGAAGACUGUACGUUCCCUCUCGUCUUUAUUCUCUCGAUUCCCGGACAUUUGAGGACGGAGGUGCCUUUUGAUUCAUCCUUCCUUCUCAUGCAACUUUAAAAUCUUUCUCAUGUUUCACCUGUAAACAUUUACGUUUCAUUCUAAAACCACUUGGGACGCUCCCCCUCCCUCAUCCUCAAUCAUCCCCCGUCUUCACUGAGAGUCUGGACCUGCACCUGCUGCAGAUCGGUAUAAGAUCUGCUCCUUCACCUGAAGAAUCUUUGAUUGACAAGACGAACCCAGCACAGACCAACAGGAGGAAGAGGAUGGAUCCAAAGCAGCGACCCGCUCUUCGUCACAAGUGAGGAGGGAGAUGUGAGACCAGAGAACAGGUGUCGACGUCUGCUCCGGAGAACUGUUCUUCAAGAGAUGUGAGACAAGGAGCUGAGGAGACAUCCUGCACACAGAUGUGGUCGUGAAGUGAAUCGGGGUCAAAGCGUGAACGAUCUCCUCGUGACCCACGACGCCCGGAGAGAGACAACACUUGUAUUGAAGAGGCGCCAUGCGGGACCCGACGCUCAGCCGCCGCUGGCUGCUCCUGCUGCUGCUCUGGAGCCUGUCGGCCGCCGCCGGUGCAGCCGGAGUGUCGAGCGCAGAGCGAGGGGGAGCUGGAAGAGGCCAGAGAAGAGGAGGAGGAGGAGGAGGAGAGAAGAAGAAGAGGUACCACCGCAUCCAACAUGGCCAGUGCAGCUACACCUUCAUCCUGCCGGAGCUGGACGGGUGCCAGGCCGGAGGGUGGGCGCCGCCGGAGGCCGAGCAGUACGGAGGCUCCCGGGGCCGAGCGAGCGUCGUGCAGAGAGACUCGCCGCCGCCGACCGUCGGAGAGUGGUCCUCUCAGAAACUGCAGCGGCUGGAGAACGCGAUGGAGAACAACACGCAGUGGCUGCGGAAGCUGGAGAACUUCCUUCAGAGCAGCAGCCUGAGACGAGACGUCGCCAACACGCCGUCGCACGUCGUGCACAACCAGACGGCCGCCAUGCUGCGGAUCGGAACCAACCUGCUCACGCACACGGCCGAGCAAACACGCAAACUCAACGUGGUGGAGGCUCAGGUGCUGAACCACACGUCGCGCAUCGAGAUCCAGCUUCUGGAAAACUCUCUGUCCACCAACAAGCUGGAGAAGGAGCUGUUGCUGCAGACGACCGAGAUCGGCCGGCUCCGGGACAAGAACAGUCUUCUGGAGAGUAAAGUCCAGAUGUUGGAGUCUCAGCAGAGAGGAGAGCUGCAGGACAUGAGGGAGCAGAAGAACAGGCUGCAGUCGGUCGUCAGGACGCAGAUGACGGCGAUCGAGGCUUUAGAGCGACAGCUGCGAGUCGCCAGCAGCAACAACACGGCUCUGCAGCGGCAGCAGGCUCAGCUGAUGGAGUCUGUGCACACACUCAUCCACAUGGUGGCUACAGCGUCGCCUCCGGGCAACCAGAUGUGGAGAGAUUGUGCAGAUGCCUACAAGGCCGGUCAGUCGGUCAGUGGACUGUAUCACAUCUACAUCAGCAACAGGACCGAACCUGUGCAGGUUUACUGUGACAUGGAGACGAGCGGCGGCGGGUGGACCGUCUUCCAGCGGCGCUGUAACGGCAGCGUGGACUUCCAGAGGAGCUGGAGCGAGUACAAGACGGGCUUCGGGGAUGUGUUGGGUGAACACUGGUUGGGUAAUGAGGUUCUGUACCUGAUGACCAGCCAGCGUCAGUACAGUCUGAGGGUGGAGCUGAGAGACUGGGAGGGAAACCCCGCCCACUCGCUGUACGACCGGUUCACACUGACCAGUGAGAGGCAGCAGUACAGGUUGUAUCUGAGAGGUUAUAGUGGAACUGCCGGGAGGCAGAGCAGCUUGGUGACGCACGGCACCGGCUUCAGCACCCGAGACCAGGACAACGACAACUGUGACCACUGCAAAUGUGCCCUGAUGCUCACUGGAGGGUGGUGGUUUGACGCAUGUGGUUUCUCCAACCUGAAUGGUAUCUACUACACCAUCGGCCACAACAUCAGGAAGCUCAAUGGUAUAAAGUGGCACCACUUCAGAGGCCCCAGCUACUCCCUGCGCUCCACCUCCAUGAUGGUACGACCCUACGAUUUCUAACAGCGCCCCUCAGCCGUCAUGAUGGUACGACCCUAUGACUUCUAACAGCACCCCACAGCCGUCAUGAUGGUUCGACCCUAUGACUUCUAACGGCAUCCCUCAGCCUUCAUGAUGGUAUGACCCUGUGGUUUCCAACAACCCUCCAAAGUCCCUGAGCACCCCUCAGCUCCAGCACCACAAUGGUGUGACCCUACGGUCCACCACUGCCUUGAUGGUACAGUCCAACAGCUUAUCACAACACCUCUCGGAUCCACAAUGGUACAAACUCGACUUGAGCAGAUCCUGAGAAUCACAGUCGAAGUGGUUCAGCCCAUACGAGUCACACUUGCCCCUUUGAUCCACCCUCCUGGUUUGACAGUCCUGCUGUUUAAUGUUUCCUCUCUAGGACUUUGUUUUCAUAACCUUCCUCGGUUCCAUGUUCGCUCAUGAAGAAACAGCUCAUACAAAGGAAAGUCAAGGUGUUCAAAGCCCUUCUGGAUCAACAGAGUCGAAAGCGGGAUGACGUCAGCCGUCGCUGGAAGUGCCAGUCUCUCCCGGAAGACGUUCAUGUUGCACACGUCUGAAGUCAUAAAAAGUGAUCGAAAUAAAUGUACAAAGACUGGAAAACUUGAGAGAGAUGUUCAAACCCUGCUGUCUGCCUCACGUCCUUACAGCUGGACAACCGUGGAACCACAGUAGGCAUCAAUAUAUCGAGAAUGUCCAUAAUUCAUUGUUCCAAAGGUGUUGGGUGAGUUUCUGAAAGCUCCUGGCAGCUGCGUGGUUCAGCCCUUCAUGACUUCAGAGCAUCUCUUGGAUUCGAUGGUUUAAUCCACGUCGACAUAUCUCUGCAGGUUGAUGCCAUGAAGGUCAUCUCAUCUUUACUUGCAGACAUUCCUGUUUUCCCACGUCUGGAGGGGCAUUCCGUUUAGGAGUCAGGUGGUCUUCAGAUACUCCCUGGUCGCUCUGUCGGCAGAAGAUCCUGUCAAGCUGUCUUCCACUUCCUCAAGAGCAACACAGCAGCUUGUGACGCUCACAAGCCCCAGAGGAGUUUGGUGCAGAAUGACAAACGUCCAAUGACGUUGAGUUUUUCUACCUACAGAAUUGUUUCUGUGCGUUAGAAUAUCUCAAGAGGACGAUGAAACACGUACAGGCACCGACGAUUCAAGCGAUGUCAUUAAUGUUGUAGGUUGAUGACCGGAUCAAUCAUUUGACUGAGGUGUUCAAGUGAAUAAGAAAUGAAUAAAAGUUUGGACAAGAAAAGACGACUGACUCUUAUGUGACUUUUUAACAUUUAAGUGAAAGGUGAAACUGUUUGUGCAUCUGAUCGAUGUGUUGAUAAGUUGAAGCCACUCUGAGGAUUGAUCUGUUGAUCACGACUUACUCUGAUACUCUCUCGAUCGCCUGUGGUUUGUUGCACUACCGUCCUGUAGAGGGAAUAAAUGAAUCUCUGUCACAGGACCAUGGUUUCUUCUUCAAACUCAAAGGCGUUUAUGGACGUUGUAGAUGCCGUAACAGCCAUGUGGACAAAUAUUAAUGUAACUUUGCUCCCCUCGGCAUACAGAAAGACUCACAGACCUGUACAUAAUAAAUGGUUAGUAAUCAUAGACUGUGUAUGGAAAUGGAUGAAGUCACCAGAUCCGGAAAGUGAAGCCAAUGCAGAAGUGUCUGAAGCCUGUAUUCUGUGUACUGACCAGCAGAGGGCGACUCUAUGAGAACAUGACUCUACUUCUCACUGGAUUCAUAACCUCAGUAAAACAUUUUCCU